AUUUGUGUUUGUAUACUCGUUUGUUGUAUGGCUUUGGCUUUGUUUAUGUUUAUUCCUACUGGAUUAUGCACACAACACAAAAAGAGAAUGUGCCUAUAUGUAUUACCAUCUGUUGAUCUUAUCGGUAUCUUCAUCACAGUAAAACUCAUCAGCACUUUGCAUAACAGCCCAUAAACCUCACCUGAGGUUACAGUGGAUGGCUGGACAACAACAAGCUGCAGUUUUUCAAAAGUCCACGUUUUCUUGACUUCACGGAGAAAGUGUCCCAGUUUUAUCUUAAUGGGUGUCAGCGGUCGAACAGUGCAGCCAUGAUUACAUGUUUACAGGCCGGUCAUGAUGCAGUUGCAGGAUGCUGUCACACUUGUCAACUGACAACUCGUGUGGCUGUUGUUAUGACAACAACAUUUCUAAUCAUGGGACUUCUUAUGGGUUUGAUAUUCUUUGUCACGUGGACAAGAGCACCAGGAGUGGGUCAGACCGCCCUGUCAAGCCAUGAGCUGAUGGAAAGACUGCAGCAGUGCCAAAGAGAGCACCAGGAAGUCAACCUGAUGCUCCACACUGUCACUCAAGACUCCAGGUGCAGUGUGUGUCCUGGCGGCUGGCUGUGCUGGAGGAGUCACUGCUACUUCUUUUCAGUGGGACUGCAGGAUGAUCGUGGCUGGAGCGAGAGCGCAGAGUUCUGCCUGCAGCACAACAGCAGCCUGGCCGUCAUCAAAGACCCUGCAGAGAUGAAGUUUAUCCAAGGUGUGAUGAGCAAGCUCCCUCACUUCCCCUACCUGUGGGUGGGACUGACGGACGCUCAGCAGGAGGGGCAGUGGCUGUGGGGGGACGGGGAGGACGUCCAGCAGUACAUGCCGGUGACGGUGGAGUGGGACGCUGAUGACAGGGACUGUGCAGACCUGCGGGGGGGCGGGAGGCUCUUCGCCUCCAGCUGUGAGACUGACGGACCCUGGGCUUGUAAGAGAGAGUCCUGACACACAUGUUCACACAUUUUAUAUUCCUUUAAAAUAUAAAACAUUGAUAUAAAUAUACUGUGUCAUGCAAAGGAGAAAUCAGCUUUGUAAGAGGCUAAAGUAAAAUGUACAAAGAUGUACGUUGAUGUCAGAGAUAAGGAUGAAAAACACAUUAUGUAUAUAUACAUAUUUAUUAUGUGCAUUUCUGAAAGUGCAUUAUAAAGUGCUUGGAUACAGGAUGUGUUACACUUUCAUGUUCACACAUAUUUAUGGAUUUUUCUGGAAAUUAAGUGUAAUUUUCAAAGAAUUCCAUGAUACAAAAUAAAUACUUCACACAAA